CUUUGCCUUCCCCCCCCUGCAGUGACCCCGUGGGACAGCUCACGUCAUGGUGGACUACUACGAAGCCCUAGGGGUGAGCCGCAACGCCACCGCCGAAGACAUCAAGAAGGCGUACAGGAAGGCUGCGCUGAAAUGGCACCCAGAUAAAAACCCAGACAACAAGGAGUACGCUGAGCAGAGAUUCAAGGAGAUUGCCGAGGCCUACGAAGUGCUGUCGGACAAGCAGAAGCGUGAUGUCUACGACCGCUAUGGCAAGGAUGGACUCAUGGGAGCAGGAGCAGGGGGCUCCAGGGCCAAUGCUGGGGCGCCAGAAUUCACCUUCACCUUCCGCAGCGCUCACGAUGUCUUCCGGGAGUUCUUCGGUGGGCGAGACCCCUUUGCUGAAUUCUUUGAUGAUGUGCUUCCCUUCUCUGAGCUGCGAGGACCUGGACCCCGGCACCAUGGGGGAGGCCACUUCUUUUCUGCCUUCCCAGGAUCCUCAGAUUUCUUCGCAUCAUCCUUCAGCUCUGGCGCGGACGCAGGGCUGGGCUUCCGCUCUGUCUCCACCUCCACCACCUUCGUUAAUGGCAAGCGCAUCACCACCAAGAGGAUUAUUGAGAACGGACGGGAGCGGGUGGAAGUGGAGGAGGACGGGGAGCUAAAGUCAAUCCACAUCGAUGGCGUUCCUGAUGACAUGGCACUGGGGCUGGAGCUGAGCCGGCGGGAGCAGCAAGCCUUCCCCAGGCCACGGCCCUCCUCGCCCCCACCACCGGCCCCACACCAGCCCUCCAGCUCCUCACCCGUCUGCCUCUACACGGACAGCGAGGAUGAGGAUGAGGACUUGCAGCUGGCCAUGGCCUACAGCCUCUCUGAGAUGGAAGCUGCAGGGCACCACCAAGCAGGUGAGCUGUUCUUGUCCAGGAGUUGUGGAAUGCAGGGAUAGAGAUGGACAGACAUGAGAUCUCCCUGUGCUCCUCCAGUACACACAAUCAGAGGCCAGGCCUGGCUGCAGCUGCACGAACGUGACACGAGAACUUUAUUCACAUCAAGAUACAAAAUUAUAUUUCUCUAGAAAUUUC